AUGCCUCCAAAAUCUAAACCAGCAGCUGUUGCUGCUAAGCAAAGCUACAAAGAUAUGAUCAAAUCUGCCAUCACAACCUUAAAAGAAAGGAGCGGUUCUUCACGUCAAGCUAUUAAGAAGUAUAUUCAAAGCAAUUUUGAUGUAGAAACUCCAAAUUUUGAUUCUUUAUUCAAUAGUGCUUUGAGAAAGGGUGUUGAAAGUGGUGAUUUUACUCAACCAAAAGGUACUUCAGGUCCUGUUAAAGUUGGUAAACCUGAAAAGGUUAUCAAAUCUUCUUCACCACUGAAAGUUACCAAACCUGCCACCAAACCAAAGAAAGUUAGUCCUAGUGCUAAACUGUCAGUUAAGACUACCAAAAAGACUGUCAGUAAAAAGGCUGCAAAAACUACCAAAUCUCCAGCAGCUAAGAAAGCACCAGUUAAGAAAGAAUCAGCCAAGAAAACUCCAGCCAAAAAACCAACUGCUAAAACAACAACUAAGUCAACAACCAAAGCUACUAAAACAACCAAACCUUCAACCAAAGCUGCUACCAAAAAGGUCGUCAAAAAAGAAGUUAAGCCAACCAAAACAGCCGCAAAAGUAGUCAAAAAACCAGUUGCCAAAAAAGCUACCAAAAGCACCCCAAAGAAAGUCACAAAACCAACAACCAAGAAAACUGUCAAACCGGCAACUAAAGCCGCUGUAAAAAAGUCAAUCAAGAAAUCUAAAAAGUAA